GUAUACGGAAAAUAAGAAAAAUAAAUUUCUCGCAAAUACUUUCUGAAAAUGUUAAAUUCAUAAUAAUGCGACCACAUAUAAAAAUGUCAUUACAUCAAAGGCACAUUAUUUUUGUGCAUUUCGUGCUUAUUUGCUGGUUUUUAUACCAGCCUGUAAAAGGAGAAUCAACUUUUCAAUGUUUUAAAAAUGGUGAAAUUCCUGCUGAAGCUCCAGUAACUCGAUUUGCAAUUGGACUUCAAGUGACAAAUAGGCCGACACAUCAGUUGAUGACACGUAUUUUCGAUAUAUUUUUAAGAGAGGUUCUUAAUUACAAGCAUGUUCGAAUUGUACCAAUACACUUUAAAAAUCCAAUGGAUGCGAAUAAUCUCUGGCUCACUAUGGAUUAUGUUAGGGCUUUUGAGGGUUUACGUAAUCUUAGCAUGAUCAAUUUGGAAGUUUGGCUGCACCAUGGAAUUAAGCGAGUACCAGAUAACACAUUUUAUGCAGGUGUUUCCAUAACUGCCGGACGAUAUAGUUGGUUUGUGCCGAUAGAACAAGUUCCAGAUGCAGAUAAAAACUCUUGUAGUUUGGAAUACUCAAUAUUUCAAGAUAUCAAUAAUACUUAUUACGAACUUUAUCUUAUGGAAGACAGUGUAACCGAACUCAUAAUGGAGAGAGGCGUCGACCUAUAUGGGAAUCCGAAAUGUGAUAAUUAUAAAUGUGCAAUGCUUAUUGCAGAGUUUCGAAAUGAUUCGUAUUUCAUUGAGAAAGAGCUGAAAGAAACUUAUCUUAAUGUAGUUUGGUUGGGAUCGAAAUUUAACGAAACAAUAGAGGAGCUUUCUGAGAUUUAUAGGGCAAGUUAUUUGCCUGGACGUAGGAGAUUUAUGGUUCUACACUGGACCCCGUCUGUGACAAUCGUGGAGGAUAAAUAUAUCCAAAUUACUUUGCCCAGAUGUGAAGAAUUUCAAUACUUACAGGAUUCGCGAUGCAGAUACGAUCUAACUCCGAUUGUGAAAUUUUAUGAAAGACGCCUGGACGUCGACAGUCGACUGACAUAUGCUUUGCGAUCGUUUUUUAUAAGCGAUCAAGAUCUAGAGUACUUUCGAGAAGAGCUCAGUUCUAAAAGCAACAAGACCGAAGAUACUGAACAGAUCUAUAAUGAGAUUGCUUGCAGUUGGAUGAAAAGAAACGAGAGGUCUUACAAGUCCUGGAAACUAGAUCUAAAAAGGGGAAAAACAUUAGCAAUUGGCGGAAUAUUUCCCAUCAAUGUUACGGAUCGGGGACAUUUAAAUAUGGUGGGGGCAGCCCAAAAAGCUGUCGAGGCAAUCAACAAAAAUAAAACCAUUCUACCGGACUAUAACUUAGAAAUAAUGAUUAACGACGGACAUUGCAAGUCAGAUAUGGUUAUGAAGGCCUUAAUACAUUACUAUAACAUUGGGAAUAUGUUGGGAGUGUUGGGACCAGCCUGCAGUGAGACUGUAGAGCCCAUUGCAGGACUAUCGAGGCACCUAAAUAUGAUGGUUAUAUCCUACUCCGCUGAUGGCGCUUCCUUCGCCGAUCGAAAGUCUUAUCCUUAUUUCUUUCGGACCAUCGGAUCGAACAGCCAGUAUGUGGAUGCCUAUAUGGAAUUAAUGCAUAAGCUCGGUUGGAAUCGGGUGUCCACUUUGACUGAAGAUGGUCAGCAAUACGCUGAGUAUAUGACUUAUAUGGAGAGCAGGUUGAAGAUGAAUAAUUUUACUUUGGCCUUCAAUCGGAAGUUUCAAACCAAUGUAUCCGCUGAAGAUAUGAACGAGCAUUUGAGUAAACUUAAAGAAGCGCAUUCAAGGAUCAUCAUAGCGGAACUUCACAGUCAUAAUGCUGCUAUCGCCAUAUGUGAAGCCAUACACUUGGGGAUGACACAAGCAAACGACUAUAUCUGGUUUUUACCAUCCUGGCUACCGAAGGACUUUGAAAUGUGGGAGUUGAAAGUGAAUCAUCGCUGCACAGUCAAGCAACUGCGUGAUGCAAUCGAAGGACAUUUUAGCAUAAUGCAUGCGCCUUUUGGCCAACCGGAUCAACUGAUGCAGGAGGGAAUCACAGUCAAGUCAUGGCUCUCCUCGUAUAAAAAUACAUAUGAAAAGUUUUCUAAUUAUGUGGGAUUCGUUUAUGAUGCUGUCUGGGCCUAUGCGAUCGCAGCCGAUCGAUUGAUCCGCAAUGACACGUUUGCAGUUAAUAAAUUAAAAUCUUGGAGGACAGCUGAUCAAUUGACAAAACUCAUUUGGGAAACGGACUUUGAUGGUUUGUCCGGUAAAGUUGUAUUCGGACAAGGCGAAUUCGGAGGAUCACGUAUUAUCGAUAUAAAUAUUUUGCAAUGGAGAAAUAUGAGCUAUACUGAGGUGGGAAAGUUUAAGCCCAAAGUCGAGGGCAAUGGAUCCGAUCUUCACACAAACGGAGGAUAUUUAAAUUUUAGUUCAGAAGAAGUGUUCCACGGACAAAUUCCAGAGGAUGGAAGAUAUGAUUGUCCCUACUCCGGCUUGGCCCGAGGUCUACAUAUCAGCUGUGAGAUGGCCGCCAUGGUAUUUAGUAUUUCCAUAUGUCUGGGGGCAAUCUUCCUGAUGUCCUUCGUAUCAUUCUACUUCUGGAAACAACGAUACAACCGAAAAGUUCGACAUUCGGCACAGAUAAUGAAGAUGUUUGGCAUCGAUCUGAUAACUCCAUCUCGGAAUAAAAUCAAUACCUUGGAUAAAUGGGAAAUACCCAAGGAGAACGUGGUGAUCAAUCGUAAAUUGGGCGAGGGAGCUUUUGGCACAGUCUACGGCGGAGAAGCUCAAUUUAGUUCCGGGGAUUGGACUGCGGUUGCCGUAAAAACCCUCAAAUCUGGAGGAUCGACUGAGAGUCGCUUGGACUUCUUGGCCGAGGCAGAAGCCAUGAAGAAGUUCAAACACAAGAAUAUCGUAAAGCUCCUCGGAGUAUGCCUGCAAGUGGAGCCCAUCUACACAAUCAUGGAGUUUAUGCUGUACGGGGAUCUCAAGACCUAUCUUCUGGCCAGAAGAAACAUGGUUAGCGAGAAGAUAACUGAUGAAUCGGAUAUAUCAUCCAAGCGUCUGACGAUGUAUGCCUUGGACGUGGCUCGGGGAUUGGCUUAUCUGGCGGAACAGAAGUACGUCCAUCGGGAUAUCGCAUGUAGAAACUGUUUGGUUGACUCCCAGCGUGUUGUCAAAAUCGGGGACUUUGGCAUGGCUCGACCCACAUUCGAGAGUGAUUACUAUUGCUUCAAUCGGAAAGGCGUAAAGAAAUUCUUUCCGGUACGCUGGAUGCCACCGGAAACACUUUCAUUGGGAGUAUUUACAUCGGCUUCGGAUAUUUGGUCAUUUGGAGUUGUGCUCUUUGAAAUUAUUACUUUUGGAUCAUAUCCAUUUCAGGGGAUGGCAAACCAGCAAGUUCAGGACUAUGUCAAGAGCGGCAAUACUUUGCAAAUUCCGAGUGGUGUCAAGCCGCCAUUGGAGGGACUUUUGAAGGCCUGUUGGAGUCAGGAUGCCAGCAAACGUCCCACGGCCUUGGAAGUCAUUGAUUACAUUUCAAACUAUCCCCGAUUGCUCACUCCAACCCUUGACUGUCCGGGCACGGCCGUACAAAUGCCGGAGACUGAAAGCGAUGAAAUGGAACUGUUGCCUCCGGGACGCCAAUCCUCUCCACUCACCCAGGAAUCCACGCUGGACACUCUGUCACCAAUCAAUAGUUCCAGCAAUUUACGACAAUUUAAUUUUCCCAGCGAUGAAAACCUUACUGAACUCGCAGACAAAAUUGAAACUGGCACAGCUAACAUACCCCCUAAUAAUACCGAUUCAUUUUCAACCACAACACCCGAUGGAUAUAGCAUUAUGUCACCCCUUCUAAUGCAUCAGGGAGCUAAACAGGAAUCGAUGAGCAAGUGAAUUCAUAAACUGUAGUUUGUAAUAAUAAUUUUUAGUCAUAUGUUUUCUUUUGCAUAGGGUAUUACUUGUACCUAGGUCUCAGCUACCAUUUAUCACUUCUCGUAUACCAUAGUAUACUUUUUGGUAUACACGGUAUACAAUUUAUCUCUAAACAUAUCGUUUAGUUUUAUAAACUAAGCGAUAUUUAUUAUAUAAUCAAAUAUAACCAAAAAAAAAAAAAGAAAAAAAAUCUCUAUAAACUAUACUACAUAAUUUUACUUCAUAAUCUAGUGUUAUGGCAUAAUAUAGAUGUUUUAAAACCAUAUUUCAUUUAUAUUUUUGGAGCACUGAAUGUUAAUUAGGUAUAUAUCUAUAUCGUUUAGAAUCUGGAGAGUUAAAAAUGUCUACUUUCAGCUAAUGAAUCCGGAUACCAUUAACAUUUUUUUUAUAAUUAAAAACUAAUGCAGAUAUAAUAUAAUAUCUCGGAUUUUCCCAUGUA